UUUGCCUCGGUUGUUAGGUUUCGGGAUGCUGCGGCUCCGUGCGGUUUCGAUUUCGCGGUGUUGGUCGUUGCGAUUCGUUUUUGAGCUCUGCUCUUGGUUUCGGCUGUGUGGGUUUUGCUUUGCGGAGAUAUGCUCUGCAGUUCCGCUUUCUAAGUGAUCUUCGAGUUGGGCGUUUGAUGGUUUAGCUGUAACGGUUCGCCUUUCUCUGUGCAACUUUCUUCUCUGAGUGAGUUUGUGCGAAUCGGCUUACCUUAGAAUUAGCGGCAGCGUGCGAAUGGGCAAUAAUGUGGGUAGAGUUUUGGGUGUCUUAAGAAAGAAAGGAGAAGUCUUGGAAGAAUCUGGUCAUUUUAGAUGCAAACUUUGUGUGGUUUUAGGAUGAGCAAGAUUCGGGGAAGAGAUUUAUGGUCUGCGUGAUAUUAUGGAUCAACGGAUUCAUUCCUAGAAGAAAAGUCAGAUGGUAAAGGAGAAAAAGUUGGAAGCUUGCCACAACACAAAGGUCUUCUAAGUUCGCUUCUUUCUGAGGGAAGUAAUCGGUGUCAUCUUCCUUCGAGCCGAAAAUGUAGUCUUCCUUGCCUAGAACCCACGUCCGUGGAGAUAACGAAUUAACAAAAGAUUUUCUCGAUACAAAGAAUAGCCCCACUCCUAGAAUUGUUAGCCACUCAAGUCAGUCCACAGAUUUGGCGUAGCAUUAAGUAUUACGGCUCAGUAUUAAGUAUUGACCGUACAGUUUUUCCUGUGGACAAUGUGAAAUUUCAUCCAUGGACUUAAAAAGUUUUCGAUUUAGAAUAACCUGUUUGAGUUUGCUUUAUAUGCUGUAGAUAUAUCUCCAAGGUCACAUAGCUUGAACUAUGUAUGUAUUUUUCAGAUUUUAUUCUGUGAAAAUCCAUUGUAGCUGGGUCCUUUGGUUGUCACGUGGGAAGAAAUUGAUACCUUGUCUUGCAUAUUCAUAUCUAAGGGCGCUGUGCUCAACAGUUAUUGCAUAGUCUUGUUCUCCCAACUGAAAGGGUGAGAAUGUUUCCAUGUCGGUUCUGCGUUAUCGUAUUAACUGAUAAUGAGUGGUCCUGUUUAAGUGUGUUUACCGAGCAGUUUGUGCUAUUCUAAGAGGAAAUUGUAUUUUCAGAGAGAAUUUUCAAUUCAUAGUGUGUUUUAGAUCCCUGUAUCUUUCUAGUGUUAGAUAAAAUUAUCCUGCUAUGAUUUUGUGAUCGAAAGAAAUAAAGCAGUUCAUUUCUCUAUAAAGAAUAUUAUGAUUUUACGGUUGUGAUGAAUUGAUGAUUCCUUUUUUCCUUUCAAUCCAGCAAAAAACACCCAUCUCUAUUAUAUCUCUCAUAUUUCUGGAUUCCUUUAUCUUGUGUGGUCUUCAUUGUCACUAGUAUUCGAAGAUGAAUUUGUAGACUUCUGAAGGCUAGGCACUCAUGUUUUGCAACUUAGGGCAGACUUUGUGUUAAAUCAAAGACUAAAUCUACUCCAUAGUGAUAAAAGGUAAAUCAAUUGUUUGAGGAACGCGGGCUGAACUUAAAGCUGAGUCCUAAGAGAUGAAAUCAUUGAUUUCAAAGGGUUUCAAAAAAUCAAAUGCAAAUGGAAUUAGAUGUCAUGUGGAAUCUAUCCAGUAUGUUCACCUUUGGUGGUCCUCCAGUCUUUUGGAGGUGUGUGAUUCUCUACAACAUGCCAUAUGGCUUUGUCUGGUCACUGGGAGAAACAGAAUAACAGGAAAAUACAGGAAGUUUUUAUUUUUGGUCAAAAAAUACAGGAAGUUUAGUUGCUAAAAGUUAUUAACACAAGUAUUAAGCAUCAUCUUCUAUUUCUACACCAUGUCAAACAUUGCUUCUGAUGGUGCAUUUCUAUAACUUCAUAAUAGCAACCUUUUUAUUGGAUAACACUCUUCAGUUCUGGCUAUUGUCUAAUGAUGAUUUGAACAUGCCUUUCCAAAACAGUUCUGGUUACUGUCUAAUGUCUAUUGAACUCAUGGAUAUGCCUUCUAUGUAGUGUUUCGAACUUUAUUGAUGUGAUGGGUCAUGUAUGAAGUCUCGUGUGUGUGCAUGAGUAAUGCGUGUCCUUUCAUGUCGUUCUCUGGUUGGAGCUUUUUGAAAUCAUUUAUUGAAGUAGUUGAAGCAGUUAUUGUGCACUUUGAAUAUGUGACUGUAGUUGUAGAACUCAACGACUCUUCGUGAAACAGGAUUUCUGAAUUAAUAUGAGAUAGUGUAUAACAUCAUAUAUUGGAGUAUCAAGUUCGUGAAAUUCCUUAAAUUCCAGAUAUUCAAGAUGGUGCUUUCUCGAUAUUGAUGAAAGUUCUCCAGAAUAUUGUAGCCCCAUAAUGGCUGCUGGAAAGUCCAGAGGAAUUAAGAAUAUAGAUCCCUGCAAGCCUCCCCCUUCCAAGAAAUCUCGAAAAGAGCGCAACCAGGGUAAGCCUGCAAAUAAUGACAAAUCAGCUGAGGUUAUGGAACAAGAAAUCUGGAGAGAAUUCCCAGAAGACCUUUUUGAGGCUGUUAUUGCAAGACUUCCCAUCGCGACAUUCUUUCGCUUCCGUGCUGUGUGUCGGAAGUGGAACUCGUUACUCUGCUCUCAGAGUUUCUCUCAGCAUUGUGCCCAGGUUCAACAAGAUUAUCCUUGGUUUUACACUAUCACUCAUGAGAAUGUGAAUUCUGGGGUCAUGUACGAUCCUUCCCUGAAGAAAUGGCAUCACCCCACUAUUUCUUCUGUGCCUGCAAAUAUAAUCGUGUUGCCAGUUGCCUCUGCCGGGGGGCUUGUCUGCUUUCUUGACAUUGGUCACAGAAAUUUCUAUGUCUGUAACCCUCUUACUCAGUCUUCCAAAGAGUUGCCAGCUAGAUCCAUUAAAGUCUGGUCUCGCAUUGCAGUGGGGAUGACCCUGAAUGGAAGUUCUGCCACUGGGGGCUAUAAGAUAAUGUGGGUGGGGUGCAAGGGGGAGUACGAGAUUUACGACUCGGUGAAGAACUCUUGGCUCCGUCCUGGAACCAUGCCGAAUAAUAUCAAGCUCCCAUUAUCACUGAACUUCAAGUCACAGGCGGUUACCAUUGACGACACGCUCUACUUCAUGCGCUCAGAUCCGGAAGGGAUCGUGUCCUACAACAUGGUCACCAGAAUCUGGAAGCAGUUCAUAAUACCAGCCCCAAUUCAUCUGACCGACCACACGCUUGCUGAGUGUGGGGGGCGUAUCAUGCUGGUAGGUCUGCUUACCAAGAAUGCUGCCACGUGUGUAUGCAUAUGGGAGCUGCAGAAGAUGACGCUCUUGUGGAAGGAGGUUGACAGAAUGCCAAAUAUAUGGUGCUUGGAUUUCUAUGGAAAGCACGUUAGGAUGACUUGCUUGGGCAACAGAGGUUUGCUCAUGUUAUCAUUGAGGUCUAGACAAAUGAACAGACUGGUAACUUAUGACAUGUCCAGCAAGGAAUGGCUGAAGGUGCCCGGGUGCGUGGUGCCGCGUGGGCGGAAGAGGCAGUGGAUAGCUUGCGGUACUGCCUUCUACCCUUGCUUAAGCGCUACUGCUUGAACCGAUAUCCUUUACAUCUGGCAGCCAUCAUGGCUUGUUCAGAUUAGGGACGUCGAUUUGGUUUUUUAUUUUGGUUGAUUGGCUGUAUGUUUAAGCUGCUAGUUUUUUCUGUGGCUGGAUUUUCUGUCCUACGCCAUGGGGUUAGCCACCUGAUCUACGUACCUUUUCCAUGUACAAACAUAUGCGGACAAAUGAUUCCAAUCAUCAGAAAACAUAUUCCCGCACUUCUGUUGUCUUUCGGUUUCGGGUUGGUAAAGACUUAUAUUGAAAGUAAACUCACGGGUUCUUAAUGUAA